AUUAGACAACAAGUCCCGCUUUAAUGGGUUUUGAAAUGUGCAAUGGUCACCGUAAAGCAUUUUUCAGGAAACGUCAAUUUUUACUUGAUUUUAGUAUAUCCGUGUGUCAAUUUCUUCUUUUGGUUGUUUUCAUAAAAAGUUGUUGAUUUAAACAACAAAACAUGAAAUUCAAUAAACUUGUUACUUCCUCACGCAGGAAAAAUCGUAAACGACAUUUCACAGCUCCGUCACAUAUUCGACGAAGGUUAAUGUCAGCACCUUUAUCUAAGGAACUCAGACAAAAAUACAAUGUACGGUCAAUGCCGAUUCGUAAGGAUGAUGAAGUUCAAGUAGUUCGUGGUCACUUUAAAGGAAAUCAAGUUGGUAAAGUAGUGCAGUGUUACCGUAAAAAAUUUGUAGUUUACAUAGAAAAAAUUCAACGUGAGAAUGCCAAUGGUACCAAUGUUUAUGUUGGAAUACAUCCAUCAAAAUGUUUAAUUGUUAAGUUGAAGUUGGAUAAGGAUCGUAAAAAGAUCUUAGAUCGAAGAGGAAAAGGACGUCUCGCAGCUCUAGGAAAAGACAAAGGUAAAUAUACUGAAGAAACGGCCACAGCUGCUCAGCCAAUGGAAACAGCGUAAACUAGAUAUCUGCAUUGAUAAUAAUUUUAAAAAGAAAUUAAAAUAAUUGGAAAAGUAAUUUUAGACUUUAAUUUUUAUAUAGACGAAUAUUAAAAAGUAACCUUGUUUAUUGAAUAUGA